CAAUACAUGUCUUAUACUGCCUGAUUAGCUUGUGUGUGUCUUUUAGAUAAAUCCACGUUAGGUAUAUAUAUUUCUUUAAUUGACUGCAUAUACAGAAAACAACCAUAGAUACAGAGUAAUCUAACAUUUACCCUAUUAUUCCUUUCAAGUUUUUUUUUACCUUUUUAUUUUUUUUUCUUAUUAUUAAUCAGGCAAGUGAAAAAGUGUUUUCUGAAGGUAUCAAUCAGCAUACGUAAUUUUUGAAGGGAGAGGAUUAAUCUAAAUUUGACUUUUUGAAAGCGCUUUGGCUUAGAAACCAGAUUCACCGUUUCUUAAAAAAUACUAAUCCACAACAAAAAAUCUAAACCUAAAAGGCUUUGAAAAGGGUAAGUUCAUGUAUCACAAAAUCGUCAGGUUUUGCAUUUAUGAUAUGUUUAGUCAGAUGCUCUGUUUUUUAAAACAGAAACACCUACUUGGACCAGCAAAAAAUGCAGUGCAGAGAAUGGAUUAUAGAGCUUUAGUUGGCGGAUCUUAUGACACUUAUAUUUCACACCAAGAACAUGAAGUUAUAUUCUAAGGCCGAUUAAUUUCUACAAUUUGUGCUACAUAUCAUUUCAGGCUACAUGUGCCCCUACAUUAGUAUGUGUUAGGGUAUAAAAUGGUCUUGAUUUAGUCCUACACAAAGAUGCCAUUAAGUGUAUUACGGUAAAUUCUGAAUUGCAGAAUGUAGGGAAUUUUGAUACUCAUUAGUCGUCAGCUUAUAAACUUCAGAGGUGGUUGUACCCGUACUUGACGGAAACGAUGCUUUCGGCAGGAACAGUGGAAAAAUCUAUGAGAGCAUUAGCGGUUGUUAAACAAUCACAGGGAACUUAUUCUUAAAAGUUCCAAUGUAUUAUAUCGAAGUUUUAAGGCAACAUUUAGAUUAGAACUUCUGCGAAACAGCAUAAAUUAAACAAAAACAAAAUGGUGGCAGCAUCACGUGCUAAUUUUAACAUCACACACAUACACGUACACACACACACAUAUAACAUAUGUGUGUGUGUGUUAAUAUUCUAUGAUCACCUAAGGAUUCGGAAUAUCAGCGUUGUCUGAUAUUCUGACCCAUAGAAUGCGAAAUGUGAUUUUUUUAUUUUCUUUUAGAGGGAUAACGGAUCAGUUUAAAUGAGCAAGUGCACUGUAAAAAUUAGUUUGUGAGUUUAUUUUAUAAUGGUUUCCAUGUUCCUAACUUUUUUGUAGUUGUAACAAAAAAGGACAACUGUUUUUUUAGUCCGUAAUGUUACGCCUAUACGCACAACAUAAUCUUUGAAAAAAAAAAAAUAUAUAUAUAUAUUUUAAUUUCUUACCACUAAACACUUUGAAUUGUUCCUGGAGUAGAUGUUACCCACUUAUUUGUAUCUGUUGGCGUUUUAGCUCUCCUAAGACCAGAUGCCAUCCGAUAUCUCUUGAGUGUAUAGAAAUCUAGAUCUCCCUUCUCUAACGCUCAUAGAUUUACGCAUGUUAGAUGCUGAUCUUGAAUUCCAAAGAUGAAGAGAAUGAAUAUUGCUUUGGUUACUGUGAGAGCUCCUUUUCUGUUGUGUCUUUAUGCAUACGUGUUCGUAUGUGAGUUUGGGCCCAAAUUAUCAAGACUACCAUUUUAGGUCAUAGAACUAAAUCAUGGAUGUCUUGGAAGUUGGCUCUAAAAUGGCCCUUGAGAACAGAGUCGAGGGAUCUACAUGAUAAUUUGUAUAUACAUGUUGGAAAUCUCAACAUUUCAGCUCAGCUCAAGUAAUAUGGGUAACAAGAUCAACAAGUUCUUGAUUGCUACAAUGGGUAAGAAAUCUUUAUAUAUGUACGUAUAUACAUACAUAUACAUAUAUAUAUAUAUUUGUUUUUACGUAUAUUAUCUUAUAAAUAGUGGAUUAAAAUGGAUAGCUUUUUUUAUUUUUUUAUUAUCAUUCUGCUUUGACAUAAAGGUUUAAUUGAAUCAUAGUAUUUUAGACUUGGUUGAAGAAUGGAGUAUAUCCGUUCCAACGCAAACUCACACACUCCUUAUUUGUAAUGCCAAAGGCUGGGUCCCUGAAAGACGGGCAGUGCGCACCGUGCGUUUCGUGGCGAAAUCAAGUGAACGGUCCGUUUGACAAAACGUUUCGCGAAGCGUUGCGUGGCGAAGAGAGCGGGGUUUGGGGGUAGUUCGUUUCGCCUCGCGGACUGUUUGUAAACAACAAAGAUGGCCGCCUACUCGGAACCUCUGAAGUACCUCUGCCCGACUUGUAACGCAUAUUUCUUGGUUUUGGAAGAAACUCAGGGACACGUAAUGACUUGUGGUAAGUGUCUGACCACCAAAGAAUAUAAUAAGUGUAAAUUUACAUCAUGUAAACCUAAAAUAUGGCUGUAGUUGAGAUAGAACUUCCGGGGGCGUCACAGUAGUUAGUGAUAAAAGUUGAUGAUAAUGCUACUGUUAUCUUUUAAUAACUGCGUAAGACUAUAAUUUCGAACAGUUAUGAUUUUGGUAGAUGCAGGAUAUAUGUAUAAUAAUUUGACUGUGCAUACCAAAAGUGAUUAGCAUUUAAUGAAGAAAUAAAGUUGGAAUAAAAUCAUAAUAAAUGUAAAUGUUGGCAUAUUAAUUGCAGGUUCUGCCAUUAUAUGGUCAACAGCAGCAACGCUGUUGUUGAUAAAAGCAUACAGUGACAAUAAACAUAGUUUUUCCAGCAGUACAAAGAAGAAAUACCAAAUAUGGGAAGAUAUUGCUUCAGUGCUGCAAGAUGCUGGACAUCCUGUCACUGGGGAAAUUUGUGACAAAAAUAUGCGCGGAUUAAAAAACAGAUACAAAAUAAUUAAAGAUAAUGCAAAGUAAAGUGGACGAGGCAGUGACACACAAUGGCCAUUCUUUGAAGCAAUGGAUGAGGUUCUUGGACGUGAUCCUUGUGUAAUACCAGUUGCAAAAGAGUCGUCAUUAAUGAUAGGUCAACCUUCGACUAGUGCUGGACCAUCUGAAGUUGUGGAACUUCCAGUGCCAUCACCAUCACAGUCUACCAGUUCAAGAACUCUCUCUCCAGCUCCAUCAUCAUCAUCCCUUCCACCACCAAGAUCUCAUAAACAUAGGCGUUCAGAAGAACAAGAGACGUCACAGAGGAGAGAACAUGUCAUCUCAGCACUAGACAAAUUAGCUGAUCUUGUUGUCAAGAGAAAUGUUGUGUUAGAAAGGUUUAUGCCAUCUUUAAGUAACCAGCAUGACCAGUACUUGCAGCAAGUUGCAUUUAAGUUAUUAUUGCUCUAGCUCAGUUCUGUAAAUGUCAGGAAAUAUAUAUUUUUCGUACUGUAGUC